UAUUGCUAUAAAAGCGAUAACUGAAUAUAAUUAAAUAAUAAAUUGGUACAAAAUGAUUUUGUCAAAAGAUCUAAUAUUUCUUUCUUCUUUGAUAUUUUUAAAAGUUAGUGCAGCUUUUAAAAUUCCUACAGGAUCACCAUGGAUAAACAUAGCUCCAAAACCUGUUUAUACAAGAGCUCUUGGACCAAUAUCAGAAAUAGAUACUAUAGCAGUACCUUAUAUAUCAAAGUUUCCUUUUUUUCCAAAAUUUGUUGAUCCUAAAAUGAUGAUUUCAAAGAAGACAGAUUUACUGACCAAUUUAUUUGGUAACUUAGGAUCUGCUUAUCCUAUGAGUUUUAAAUCAUUUAUACCAUAUGCUAUAAGUGGAUCAUCUAUAUAUAAUACAAUUGAUGAACCACAAUUAUUAGGUAAAAAUAAUGUAGAUGAUGAUACUUAUUCAUAUAAACGUGGAAUUUUUAAUCCUUUUAGUUUUAAAUCUUUUGAUCCUAUGAAUUCUAAGUUUGGAUCUAUAUCUCAAUUUUCAAAUUUAAAUACUCUACCUGACUACAGUAUGAAGAAUGAUUUUUCACAUAAAAAAAGAAGUGUAGAUAAGUCUUUUGCAUCAAAUCUUAAAUCAAUUAUGAACAAUAAUAAAUCAGAAACAAAAGAUUUGGGAUUUUCAUCUCUUUAUCCCACUCUUGCUCCAAUUUUUGAAGAACCAGAAGAAUAUAUAAACACAAAAAAGAUACAAAGUGCAACAGUACCAAAACAAUAUUUAUCAGGAAUGUUUGAACCAUAUGAUUUAAUUGGAACAUUUGAUCCUAUGGUAGAUCCAUCUAUGUUUAUAAUAAAAAAAUCUGCUUUCUUAGAUAAUUUGUUUAAAAAUAUUGCUAUUACUACACCACUAACUUCAACUGAAGCUCCAACAACAAAAAAUACCAUUGUAUCUUCAGAUUUUUGGCUACCAUCAGGAAUUCCAAAUCCAAUAAUGUAUAGUGAAAAAAUAACAAAAUUUCUAAAUAGGUUGUUUGAAAAUUUAAAACUAAAUAAAACUAUGACAUUUAAUGAUGAUAAUAUGAAUGUUGACAAAAAUGUGGCAAGAUCUAUUGUAUCUGAUGAAGAUAAUACACAAGUAAAAAUAACAAGAUCUGUUGAAGAUUUGUCAUCGAUUAAUGUAGCUAAAGAUUCUAUUGUUAAUAGCAUAUUAUCUGAAUUGAGUGAUUUAAAAAGUAAUAUGAUAACAACAAUGAAUGAUUUAAUUUCUUAUGAAAAAUCUAUAACAUCAUUGUCACCAACGAAAUCCUCCAAAUCAUUUGAUCCUAGUUCAUGGUCAAAAUCAUUAGUUAAUGGAGUAUUUCCUUUCCAGCAAAAAAUGGCUAUUUUGAGUCAAGUAUUUGAUAUGCUAACAAAUUUACAAAAAAAUAUUACUUUGGAAAUUCAAAAUGUAAUAAAAACUAAAAUCAUAUCUCCUGAAAGAUUUUUUAAUGCUAAUUAUCCAAUAAUUAAUGAUGUUUUUUCUAAUGGUAUGCCUAUUAAUAUGAGUUUAUUGGAUGCUAUUAAAUAUAAAUUAAAUACAUUAGAUUAUGGCAUGCCUGUUUCAUAUAUUCCAAGUUUUGAUAAAUUUGGAUCAGAAAUGGCUCAAACAUUGUUAGAAAAUCCACCAUUUUGGAUUUCUUAUCCUAAAAAUAUAGCAAAUAUAAAAGAAGAAGUUAAAAGUGAUAUUGAAUCUUUAAUGAACAAAGAAAAUAAUUUCAAUCAAAAACAAACACGUUCAGUUAAGAUGCAAAUACAUCAAGGAUAUCAAAGUUUGCCAAUUGGUUCUAUAGAAUCAGUACAAACAGAUAGAGAAUCUGCAUCUGAACAUCAAGGCGAAGAAAUUAAAUUAUUUGAUAUUAACAAUUAUGAGGACAUAAAUAAAUGGGCUAAUUGGAUGAAAUAUCUGAAAAAUAAAUAUCGAGGACAUCAGCAUCACAAUCAUCAUUAAUUGAUUUAGUAG